AUGGUGCCUCCGGUGCAAAGCUUUUGGAAUCCCAUCAACAUAACCGUCACCAUGAAUGUGUUGGCAAUUUUGGGAGUGGAUGAGAAAGCCCAGACCAUGACAUUGUUCAUAUCACAAUAUCUGACAUGGAGAAUCGACGGGUUGCACUGGAGCGAGAGGGACUGCGGAACGAAAAGGGUUUCUGUCUCUCGGGAAAAUCUUUGGAUCCCAGACAUUCACAUCUCAGAGUUCAUGGAUGAGGACAACUCUCCCCAAAACAUGCACGUCUUCCUAUACAACACCGGCCUUGUUUUUGACAGUAAAUCCAUUCGAGUGGUCACUUCCUGCCAACUGGACAUCUACCCAUUCCCCUUUGAUGUACAAAAUUGCUCCCUGACAUUUAGAUCCUACCUGCACCAAGAUUCGGAGAUCAAACUGAUUCAGGGCGCCACAUCAGAGGAAACCCUGGAAGUGUCCAGAAAACUCAUUCAGACCAACGGGGAGUGGGAGCUUGUUGACAUCAAAGUAACACCGUCUGUCCUAAAACUAAACGGAGGAAGCUACUCGGAAAUGAAGUACUAUAUUGUCCUAAAACGUCAGCCCAUGCUGUACGUGGUGAACCUGCUGAUCCCCAGCUGCUUCCUUAUUACAGUGGACCUCUUCAGCUUCCUGCUCCCUCCACAAAGUGUGGACCGGGCCUCCUUCAAGAUGACCCUCAUCUUGGGCUACACCGUCUUCCUGCUAAUCAUGAAUGACCUGUUGCCCGUCAGCGGCCAGACCACUCCCCUUAUCAAUGUUUUCUUCUCAAUCAGCCUGGCUCUGAUGGUGGCCAGCCUGCUGGAGACCAUAUUUAUCACCAAUAUCCAGUUCACCUCCAGUCAAUACAGCACAGUGCCUCGCUGGCUCAGCAUCCUCGUCCUGCGGUACCUCGCCCUUGCGGUUUGUCUGCCCACCCAGAAAAAGAGCAACAGAAUCACUGUGUCGCUACAGCCACCCAAAGAAUUACAAAUACAUAACCCAAUCAGCAACAGCCUUGUGAACUCAUGCAACAUCUCUGAGGACAAACCUCCUCCAGACCCUCACCAGCACCUCCUGGAUGAGCUGAGGAAGCUAAGCAAAGACCUGAUAGCCAUCCGCCUACACAUGGACAACCACUUUAAAGGUACCAAAACUUCCCAGGAGUGGUACAUGAUCGGAAUUGUGGUGGACCGCUUGCUCUUCGCAAUAUACAUCAUCUUCAUCCUUGCCAGCUUCCUCGCCAUCACAUGCAUCUGGAUCUGGAGUGACUCGCUUUGA